GGUUGUGCUGUACGCGAGAUUCAAGUAAAGCAGGCAAGCGAAGCGAACGAGCCUCCGGCAUCGCGCGUUGAGUCGUCGAACCGUCGCAUCACGUUGGUUCGGCAUCGCACGGCUAGCCUGCGCGUGUGUCGUGCGCAUUCGAGCCACCGCCGCCAGGUGUUCUGGCGUCGUUCGCGUCGCGCGCGCCUAGCAUUUCGACGCGGCAGCUACGAGCGCUACGAGGCGGCCGUCUCGUCGCAUACAGCCGCUGGCCUCGCCAUCUCUGAUUAUUUCGUACAGACGCUGCCAUAUUCGAUAACGCCCUCACGGUCAAUCUUGGAGUUAAAAGCCUCCAAGAUGACGACCCAAUUCACGACCACACAAAUUAAGUUGGAAGGCGUUGAGACGUCGGAAAACGUUACGGAGAUUCAGUCUUACUUGGAAGGAUUUCAGAAGGAGAUUGCUGGCGGAGAAGGCACUAUUCAAACAGUAACAGUUGAAGAGGCAGAUGGAGAAGCUGAGGAAGGUACUUACUUUGUUGAUCAGCAAGGUCACUACUAUUUCCAAGCAAAAGGUGAGGCAGAGCCUGUUAUGACAGUGGUGCCUGGCCUGGCUGAUGAUGAUAAUGGUGAAGAGUUCAUUAUCAAUCCAGCAAAUGUUGAAGAUGGUGAAAAUGAGCAAAGGAUUACUGUUGUACCUGCUGGUGCUGAUGGUGAUGGCACCAAUGAAUUAAGCUAUGUUUUAAUUGUUCAGCAACCUGAAGAUGAAAAAGGUGACCAGGGUGAAGACCAAGACAUGGCUGUGUAUGAUUUUGACGACGCGGAGGAUCCUGGUACCGCCGAGGAUGAAGAACCCGAAGAUGACAAGACGAAAAUCGUCAAAAUUUUUCCUAGAAAAUCGCAGGUGGUUGCUCAAGCUCACAUGUGCAACUACUGUAACUACACUAGCCCAAAGCGCUAUCUACUCUCGCGACACAUGAAAAGCCACUCCGAGGAGCGACCGCACAAAUGUCAAGUAUGCGAACGAGGAUUUAAAACGCUUGCGAGUUUGCAGAACCACGUGAACACGCACACCGGCACCAAGCCUCAUCUGUGCAAGUUCUGCGAUGCGGCUUUUACCACAUCCGGUGAACUCGUGCGGCAUGUACGCUAUCGGCACACGCAUGAAAAACCACACAAAUGUAACGAAUGCGACUAUGCGAGCGUGGAACUGUCCAAGUUGAAGAGACACAUUCGGUGCCACACUGGUGAGCGACCGUAUCAAUGCCCGCACUGCACAUAUGCCAGUCCGGACACGUUCAAGUUAAAGAGACAUCUUCGUAUUCACACCGGUGAAAAACCGUAUCAUUGUGAUCAAUGUGGAGCGAGGUUUACACAGAGUAAUAGUUUAAAAGCACAUAAACUUACACAUAAUGUUGGCGAUAAACCGGUAUUCCACUGUGAGUUAUGUCCAACAACCUGUGGCCGCAAGACCGACUUGCGCAUACACGUGCAAAAGCUGCACACAUCGGAUAAACCGCUUAAGUGUAAGCGAUGUGGCAAGUCAUUCCCGGACCGCUACAGCUACAAGCUGCAUAAUAAAUCCCACGAAGGUGAGAAGUGUUUCCGAUGUGAGCUGUGCCCAUAUGCCUCGAUUUCUGCGCGGCAUCUCGAGUCGCACAUGCUCAUCCAUACCGACCAGAAGCCAUACCAGUGUUCGCAGUGCGAUCAGUCCUUUAGGCAAAAGCAGUUGCUCAAACGCCACCAGAACCUCUAUCACAAUCCCAGCUACGUUCCGCCCGCGCCCAAGGAGAAAACACACGAAUGUCCUGAGUGUGGGCGCACUUUCCGACACAAGGGUAAUCUCAUUCGCCACAUGGCGAUACACGAUCCUGAAUCAUGCAUGCAAGAACGACAAUUAGCGCUGAAGAUGGGGCGCCAGAAGAAGAUUCAGAUAAUUGACGGACAACAGGUUGAGGUGAUCACUGGUUUAGAUACGGAUGAAGAGGAAGAAGAAGAAGACGAGGAGGAAGAGGAAGAAGAAGAGGAGGAGGACGAUAUGAUGGCUGUAGAUGCCAACGAUGGGCAGCAGUACGUCGUGCUCGAGGUGAUCCAACUUGCAGAUGGUGAGGAACAAACGAUGGUUGUUAGUGAGGGUCAGUCGGAAUUGCUGACUGAAGAAAUGCUGCAAGGACAAAGCUUAACCGAUCCGGAGGUGAUUAAAGCCAUUCAGAAUGCGAGAAGAAUCACAAAGACGGAAGUUAUGGAAGAAGACAAAAAGCUCGGAGUCGCGACUGACAUGGAGACUUGCUUUGGAUUUGAUGAAGAAGAAGAAGAGGAGGAGGAAGAGGACGAAGACUUGCAUGGCAAGGAAUCAAUCACGCUAUUGGGGAUGGACUGAACAUGAACUUGAACCAGAAUGAAUCAGAUUUGAUCAUUUUUAAACAUUUUUCUUAUUACCCUUAAUUUUAGUUUCUACCAACAGUUUCUCUUCUAUAAUAAUGUAUUUCAUGAUAAUUUCAUGUACAGUUGUUAGUAAAUAGUUGUUAAAAUGUUUUUGGAAUACGCGACGAAAUUCGUUCUAGACAAAAUUGGUACAAUCGAUAUUUUAUCAUGCCUUGGUUGCAUUAAUCUUGUUUAUAUGAUGUACUGCGAGUUAAUUGUGCAUCGCGAAUUAGUUAAUUGAUAAUGAUAAGAUAAAUUGUAAAUUUAUGAAGUAGAUGAUGUUGCUUUUAUUUUUAAAGCAACUUUCAGUUCUAAUUGCUAAUAAUUGAAUAAAUUAUUAUCACACGAAA